GAUAGUGCAAGAGCAAUAAGAAAUGCACCAAAAUUAAGUGCAAGAACAGUAAUAGAUGAGGAUAAAAUUUCCCUCAUUGUAAUUAAGACUUAGCUGCUGUUGGUCAUAAGUUGCUGGACAAUCCUCCUACAAGUGCUAUAGAACUUCGCCUUAUAAGGACGGAUGUCGCAUUCGUUUAAUUUUGUAGCGCUUUUUCGUUUCCUUGAAGUACUGCAGCUUUCUGCUUGCGGCAUCUGAUAAACUUCCUCUGGAGUUUUUCGUGUGUAGAAUCUGUUGCUAUCCCGUGCCCGUUUAGAAACGAUAAAAGAAACGGUAAAAGACGAUAUUGUAAAGAUCAGCAGUAUGCAACUCCCCUGCUCGGAAGAUUCUCUUCCAUCUAAGAAACAGCUGUCUGCUUGCACUGGGACUUUACCGGAAACCAAACUUUUUUUCUGAACUUGUUUCGUAGCAGCGAGUCAAAAGAGGAAAAAGAAAAGAAGAAAAGCUUCGGCGCUGAAACUUUUACAGUUCCCUGUUAUUUGUUUCUUUCCCUGCGUCAUGGUGGAUAUGAAAAGGUGGACGUUUAAACGAAGAGAAAUAUUUUGUAUUUUCUGAGAGAGAAAAUCGUCUUCGAGUGCUUUUCCUCCAGACAUAGCGGAUCUUGGUCUCCUUCUUAUCAUGGAAGAUGAUGGGAAUGAGCAGAAGGAACAGCCUAAAGCUGCGAAGGUUCCAGAGAAAGCUGGCUGGAUCAAGAAGUCCUCUGGGAAGAUUUUGGGGACAUACAAGGAUCGCUACAUUCAGUUGGAGAGGACAGAGAUACUGGUCUAUGACAACGAGGACUUGAAGAACUGCAUGGAAAAAGUUGACCUGGAGAACUAUGAUAAAUGUCAUGAGCUACGGAGUGCUUUUAAAAAGAGAAACAGGUUGAUUUUAAUUCGAGCCCCCAAAUCUGGGAGUAAGGUUCACGACAUCAAGCUGCAGACUCAGAGUCCUGAGGAGAAGGAAGCCUGGAUCAAGGCCUUGAGUGAUGGGAUCAACAGAGCUAAAAAUAAAGUAUUUGAUGAGAUCAAGGUAGAUGAGAGCUGUUCUUUAGAACAUGUGACACGCUCAAGGCCUAAAGGGAACCAUGGUCGAAGACCUCCAACCAGGAUUCAUAUGAAAGAGGUUGCCAGUGUGGCAUCCGAUGGGAUUUUGAGGCUUGAUCUGGAUGCGGUUGACAACACCCCCAAUGGAAACCACCCUGUUUUCACUGAUGCAAAUGAUAUUAACGAAGUUGGGAAGCCAACUUCUAGUGGUGAACCUACUCCUCAGAAGAAAGUCCUGAAACCACCCAUGCCUCCUUCUAAAGAAAACAAACUGAGUGUCUUAACUGAGAAGGAGGAAUUGAAGGAGGUCUCUCCUGAUGGUGAUAGUACUGAUCCCCUGGCUCCCACAGCACCUCCAGACAAACUGAGCAUCACACCAGAAGAAGACGGCAGCGCACAGACACCUGCUCCUCCAUCACCGCCUGCCAAAGACCUCAAACCACCGAUGCCUCCAUCUAAAGACAAGAAGCCGGCUCCACCAGCGGACAAGGAGGGUUCAGAGGAUUCCCUGGCUGCUGACAACACCGAUCAGGGAGGCGAGGAAGCUGAAGAUGUGUCUCCCACCAGUCCACCAGACGAAGUCCUCCAGCCCCAAGAAAUCAAAACUAGUCCUCCAGUCACUGAACUGCAGGAGUCUGCAGAAACUCCUCCUGCCCAGGACGCUUCCUGUCCCCCAACCCCUUCUCCAGAAGAGCAGGUUGCGGCUCCCAGCCCUUCUGAAGUGGAGACGGAGGCUACUCCUGCAGCUGGCUCCAGCGCAGAAAUGGAAACCCUAAAGCCCUCAUCCCCUCCUCCUAAACCAAAAUCCCUGUCUCCAGAACCCAUCAUAAAGAAUUCUGCACCUCCUGCUCCUCCCAAGAAAAAACCCCUGAAACCCCUUAUCAAGACAACUGCUAGUGAUCAACCAUCUGAUACCGGGGAGGCAUCAGGUGUUGUUUGGCUUGCAGAAGCAAAGCAAAAGAGUCCGCCUGAAGACAGUGCAACAGCUACUCAACCAGAUGCAUCAGAAAGUCUGAAACCAUCCCAACCUAAAGAGGAUGGUCCUCUCUCUCAAGAAUCCAAUAGUGAGAAUUUGGAUCUGAAGAGUAUGAGAAAGAGCCCUGAGCCUUCAAAUCCUGCUGCAGGCGAACAAGAAGAUGUGAAGUCAGACAACAGCACCCACAGCAGCCAAUCAGGGGACGAAUCUGAAAGUGACAACAUGAGGGCUUCAACCACAGCUCUCAGUGGCAGCAGGGAGAAUCUGAGUGAAGACAGUGGAGAUGAAGACAAAGCUACUCAAAGGCUGGAAGAGGAGCCACGCACCACAGAAAAAGCAAAGGAGACGUGUUUUCAGGAUGCAGACAAAGUAGCUUCAGUACAACAACUGGUGCAGAGUAAACGCAUCAUGCAGCCAAGUCCCCCUCCAGUGCCUCUGAAACUAAUAUCAAAAGAAAAAUUUGCUUCAACGGGAGACCUGUUGUCAGAGUCAGCACAGCAAAGUUCAAGGGAGACUAUGAGGGAACUGAAUGUAAGUUCUUUGAAUACUGAUAUGAACAAGCUGAAGAAUCAAGUAUCCUUGGAGCUUGAGAAAACUGAGGAGCUUCUUCAAAAACUGGAUGAGAAGAAAACAGCCAAGGGCUCUCAAGGAAACCUGCCUGAUGGCCUAGUGCCGGAAGACCCAUCUGCAGAGGAAAUACUGAACGAAGCUGUGGAAAAGCUCAGGAAAGCAGAUGAGUUCUUGAAAGAAGUUCAGAAUCUUAAAGAGUCCAACAGCACAGGUAAAAAGAGCAAGAGAAAAAGCUGGUGACAGUAAACAGUAUUUAAAGUCAUAAAGUUACAGUUAUUAUUUGUUAGUUGUAUUUCCUAACACUGCCUGUAAGGUAUUUAUAUUGCACACACACAGAAAUGUUAUCCUGUAUAAAAGUGAUUACUGAAAUAUAUAUAUAACAAUAUUAUUUACUGAAAAGUGCAAUUGAUUCAAACAUCUUAAUAAUGAGGAAGGAAAGGCUGAAAAGGUUGUAAAAAUCUGUACUCUGUAUUGUGUAAAAUUUGGUGUAAUGUCACCAAAUUAAUAUAAUGAAGUGCUAAAAGCAGUUGCUAUCAGUCCAAUAUUUUGUAUGACACACACUGAAUCCUCAAGAAUAUUCAGGUUUUCUGUUAUAUACUGUAAUGUAAUUUUGAUACUUUUCAAAUACAGAUCAACUGCAUGCAAAUUUACUCUUGGAAUUCAAGGUUGUCUUGGACAUGAUAAAGCCUUAAUGACUUUUUCCAAGUUAUGGGCCCAAUCACACAUAUACAGUAAUUACAAAUUCUGAGCUCUAUACUUAAAGAAAUUCUCCUCAUAAAUAAAUAAUGUGACAUUUUUUAAUUUGCUCUUUCUUUUUCAUUUUUCUCUUUUCAUUUAAAAUAUGUCAAAACUGCAGACACAUUUUCCUGUGGUAAAUUCCUUUUUAAGAAAUGAUGGAAGAUUUCACAGAAAAAUGUUUUUUUUUCAUUAAUGCCAGAGACAUUCCAGGUAUUAAGUGAACUCAUCCAGGUAUUCUUGGAAAACUAUGCUGUAGAUAAGAAAAUUAGUCAUGGCUGCCACAGGUAUUUUAGAAAAAAAAACUUUUCAAUGACUGCACUGUUAUUUAUGUCUUCUCUAAAGCCAAGUCUGAGAAUUUGGACUUGAUACACAGACAUUUUUUCUGCUGCACAGCCUGUUCAUUUUCUACCCAUCAACAGUCACUGGUCUGAAUGAGUCAGAAAAUAUAUAUUGUAAAUACAUUGUACAGUUAAGUGAAGAUUUACCUGAUUUACUGAUUGCAUCACUCAGUGAUAUGGUUUUAAAUGUAAAAUCAAGGUCUUGUGCAUCUUUGUAACACUGCUGUUGAUAACUAAUACUGUACAGGUGAGCAAAGCCUAGCCAACUAAAUUUCUAGCAUAUCAUGUAUCAUAUUCACUUUUAUAACUCAUUUUGGAUACGAAAAAUUACUUAGUAAUUAUACAACUGUAAUAAUCUGUAACAAGUUGAGUAGAAAUUGUGGUUAUUUUAAGCAUCAAUUAAAAGGUAUUUAAAAUAUUCCAGUGUGGGAGAGUUAUAAUUAUACUAAAUUAGUCAAUUAUGGAGGAUAAAUAGCACUUCUCUGAGAUACAUCAGUACUGUAUAGUGGAGAAUGGUAAUAUGCCAGGUAAAACUAGUAUGUGCAGGGAAAUAACUGAGCAUCUUUUUUUAAUAAAUCUAAUAAUUACAUAUAUUUUUUGUAUAUAAUAUAAACCAUUGUGUCGGAUAGUUUUGGUCCACGUUUGGUGAUUUGUCUUCAGGCUACAGUCUGGGGGAUUCAUGUAAAACAGGCACUUGUUGGGACUGACUUUAUUUUACAACCAUUACAUGUAGACCUAAGCAGCGUCUAAUAUAAGAUUUAUAAAUAAUCAACAGGAACUAAAUGCUUCCUGAAUAACUCACAACAAAAAUGAAUAUUAGUCAAAUUGAAAGCUGUUGAAAGAGGAAUAAGUUGUCUGCUUAUUAAGUUGUGGUUGUGAGUUGAUAAAUACAGUAUGUAUAUACAUGUUCAUUGGUACUGUGUGUUCAUACCUAGGAAUCUCAGCCUAAUGCAAGAAUUUAAUUUUCUAUACAGUCACCAAUGACAGUAUGGUAAAGUAAACAUAAGGCUGCAGGGAACUCUGGUUCCAUUACGGGUGCUGAAAAGCACUGGCUUCUUGGAGGUUCCUGGCUCACAAGGAGCAUUCGUGAUCAGCACAAUCACUAACCAUUUGAAAUAUGGAGGCUGAUUGCAUUUGAGAUGAAUUUGCUGACGCCAGAGCAGCGAUGUUUCCAUCAUGACGUGUUGCGAAUGAUGUGACUGUGAGAAAUGCCAGCUGUGCUGAAUUACUACCAAGAAGGCUGUAGAGCAGUUGUAAUUAGAGCCUCCGGAUUCCUCCUGGAGAGGCCUAGAAAAUGUGUACUGUUUUUCCAUUUAGUACCUCAAGAGUUUUAGUGCAUGCUCUGUUAUCACUUCACCGAGUUCUCGAAUAUUAGAGUAUCAGAGUACAGUUUUGGAAGUUUUUAGACUCUGGAUUGUGUCAAUUUCAAGGGCACCUAAUUAUUAGCUAAAACCCAAUUCCAGAUGUAAACCUUCAAUCUGUGGAUAAUUUAAUCUUUUAACCUCACACUGCCCUUAUGGAUGCAUAAUGUUAUACUGCAUUUAAUUAACAAGAUUUAUUUCCCACUUUAACGUGGCACUGUUCUUUUAACCCCUCUCUCUGUACAAAGAAAGAGAAUAAUUUGUGUAAUUUGAUUUGAUUUGUAAUCUUUGUCAAAAGGCACAGUUUAUCUUCCACUUCAGAUUUUAAAGCAAGGGUGACACCUGAUCUUAUGUUACUGUGUGUGAGAUAAAUAUAAUCUGUAAUAAACCAUAUAAUGAAGUGAAGACUAUGAACAGAGUAGUCCAUACUGCAAGGAUGGAAGAUUCCUGCUGUUUCUGGUUUUAUGACAGUCAGGAAGGUUAAUAAAAUGUCUUAAUCUACUGAUUCUUUGUAGAAUUGUAAUUUUGCUUUUUCUCCGGUUCCCCCUGUUACAUCAAAAUCAGUUCUUGGUUGUUCUUGUUUCAUUCCAGACAGAGGGAACUGGGAAAUGGUACUGCCAUGCUCACUUUCACAUCUGGGCAGUGAUUUGGAGCUGUGUGUUUUAUCGUUUUUAAAAAAAUGAGCUUUGUACUUGUCCCAUAAAUUGACCCUUUUGCCUUUAAGAGAAUGGUUUUGCUCCUGAGUUGUACCCUAUUCUCAGUGAAACCCACUAGUGUGUUCAGCCAUUUUGAAACAUUCACUUACACAUAGUGUAUUACUCAAGAUACAUUCUGUUUUCAGAAUGGGUGGUUGAACUUCACAGUAGGAGUGCAAAUAUGUUUCAGGUCAUUUCUUUUUUUUCUUUUUAGAAAUACAGCAUAUUUAUAAUUUCAUUUUUUAAAAUAGUGACAUAUUUUCAAUUCCAUGACAUAACCUCAGGAUAUACAGUACCAUGUUUAUGUUUACCCUUGUAAAUAAUCAAAGUUGAAGAUAAAUGAUUAAGAAGAAUUUGUUCAGACAACUAUAUAGUGAGCAUGGCUUAAAUUAUCUGGCUUUAUAGAUUAGAACAGGCUAAAGCCUUAAAGCCUUAAAUCAAAUUGAAAAAAUGUCAAUUGGUUGGUUAUUUUAUUAAAAUAUUUAUUUUAAUGUUUUCUUUUCAUUUUGUAAUAUAUUGUAAAAAGCACUUACUAAUAAUAAGAUUUUAUUUGCCUUUAGCAAUUCUGCGAAAAAAUGUUGCUAUGGAAAGCAUGUCUUAAUAAAGAUAACCUUGUUUACACCAAGA